CUGGCCACUUGCAUUAUUGCGGCCGCUGGCUCCCCCUGCCACGUGGCGCCGGCCCCUUCUGUCCCCUCGCUUACCUCGAACCUCAUCCAUAAAUACGCGCGCGCGAAAAAAUGGGGGAUGAAAAGUCAGGGCAAUUGUGCAAACACACACCAAGCAAAUCCAGGAAAGUGCAAAGCACAGCGUGUCAGCGUCCCAAUCAGCUGACGUGGUGAACCGUGAGCAGCAGCAUCAAAUCCAUGGAGGCCGUGCUGAUGCAGCGGGCGGCGGCGGCGGCGGUGAGAUGGGGGUGCGUAGGGGAGGCGGCGACGGGUGGCGCCGGCCAGCAGCCAGCCGGCGUUGUCCGGCUCGGCGCGGCGCGGCGUGCAGCCGGCGGGGCCGUCCGGGCCAGCAGGCUGGGUCCCGUGCGGGCGCACGUCUCCGAGGAGCGAAGCAGGGAGGCCGCCGGCGAGGCGGUGGCACUGGCGGAGGACGCGGUGAGGCUGUUCGUGGGCCUCCCCGCGGACGUGGUGGUCUCGGACGGGCGCGGGGUGAGCCGCCCGAGGGCCGUCUCGGCGGCGCUGCGCGCGCUCAAGCUGCUGGGCGUCGACGGCGUAGAGCUGCCGGUGUCCUGGGCCGCCGUGCAGCCCGGGCCCGGGGGCUGGUUCGAGUGGGCCGGGUACCGCGCCGUCACCGCCAUGGUCCGCGACGCGGGGCUCGACCUCCGCGUCUCGCUGCGCACCGACGGCGACGCGCUGCCCGAGUGGGUGGCCGACGCUGCGGCCGCCGACCCCGACGUCCUCUUCACCGACCGCAACGGGCACCGCCGCGAGGGGUGCCUCUCCUUCGCCGUCGACGAGCUCCCGGUGCUCGUCGGCAAGUCGCCGCUCGAGGCCUACGAGGCCUUCUUCCGAAGCUUCGCCGACGAGUUCAAGGACCUCUUGGGGUCAACCAUCACGGAUGUGACGGUGAGCCUGGGUCCCAACGGCGAGCUCCGGUACCCUUCGUACCCGCCCGGGAGCAACGGCGCCGACGGCUACUCCGGCGUGGGCGAGUUCCAGUGCUACGACAAGUACACGCUGGCCCGGCUGAAGCGUCACGCCGAGGCAUCCGGGCAGCCGCUGUGGGGCCUGUCAGGCCCGCACGACGGGCCGCGGUACGACGAGUCGCCGGAAUCGUCGGCCUUCUUCAGGGAGCCAGGGGGCUCGUGGAAGAGCGCGUACGGAGAGUUCUUCCUGUCCUGGUACGCCGGGGAGCUCCUGGCGCACGGCGACCGCGUCCUGGCCGCGGCGGCCAGGGCGUUCGGCGGCAAGCCCGUGGAGCUGUCCGCCAGGGUGCCGCUCCUGCGCGGGUCACGCGCCGCGGAGGCCGCCGCGGGGCUCCACGGCGGGUAUGGCCCGGUGGCCGAGAUGUUCGCGCGGCACGGGUGCACCGUGAUCGCGUGCGGCGUGGAGGCGCGGCUCGACGCCCCCGCGGAGGAGGUCCUGGCGCGGGUCAAGGGCGCCUGCGCGGAGCACGGCGCGCGCCUCGCCGCGGAGAGCGCGCCGCUCGCCGCGGCGCGCGGCGGCGCGGGGUCCGCGGGCGUCUGGCUCUCCACCGGGCGCACCCGGCCGCGCCAGUUCACGUACCAGCGGAUGGGCGCGGACUUCUUCUCGCCGGGCCACUGGCCGCUGUUCGUGCAGUUCGCGCGCGCGCUGGAGUGCCCCGAGGAGGCCCACGCGGACGACCUUCCCGGCGGCGAGCGGCUCACCGUGCCGUCCGCCUCCGCCGCGCAGGACGGCGCCAGGGCAGUGCAGACCGUGUGAAUUGGCACGGCGUCAUCGCGUGUCCUCGAUGUACAUAUGCAGUAUAGCACUACUGCAAUAGUAGUCGUAUUUUGGUAUGGUGCUCCAUUCAGUAGGAUUAAGCAGUAAGUACAUUUUAGCUGCGAGAUGAGAUGAGUUGAUCCUUUGUAUCAGUGGGGACCAAGAGCGGGAGUGUAUCACUAUAUUGUACUCCAUUGUUAUAUCUUCUCGUCGUGUCUAAAAAUGUCUAAAAUUGUACU